AUGAAGUUUGCAGCAGUGGUCUUGUUUCUGGUGGUAUGUUUGGCUGUUGGCGUCCAUUCUGCAAGCAAACAGCUGACACUUAAUGGAAAAGCUCACAUUCAGUUUUUCGGACCGAAAGACGAGAUAUGGAACGGUUUAUCUCACGGUAAAAUUAAUCAUAACAGUUAACCAAUGAUUUCAGUAUUUUCGUAAGCAUUUCUUAGGGGCACCCAACGACAAUUUUCGGAAAAAUAUCUGUUCGGAAGACGAUUUGAGAUCUAGAAUUUUCGAAACAUUUGUUGUAAAACUUCUUGCUUGCCUGCCUCUCCUAGGAUUUUCGAACAUCUAAAAAAUGGUAUAAUUGCCUAUUUUUAACGGAUUUUUACCGUAAAAAGGUCACCUAGAAUUUUCGGGAGCCUUUUUUCUGGCUGAAAUUUUCGAAAAGGUAAGUUUUGAUCCCUAUAAUUUUCGGAUCACUAGACUUUCAGCUAGGAAAUCCGAACAGAUGAAAAAUUUGUAGGGGAUAAAAAUAUGCCUUUAUCUACCGUUUAAAUACUAAAAUACGUUUAAAAAUGCGAUGUUUAAGUGGUUUUGAACUAUAUUCCUGUUGGGUGCCCCUGAUUUCUGGAACUAGCAGUCUUCACCGCAUGCGAUAGAAAUGAGUUAAACAUUAAAAAAUUAAAUGCCACAUCAUUUUUUGAAGUUUUAAUGAAAACAUGUAUAGCGCAAAAAUCAUCAGAAAAUUACCUUUCCGCUUUUCGGCCUCAACAUCGAACAUAAAAUUUAGGGCAGUAAGAUAUACAGUUCAUUUUCUUAUUUCCCCUUUUUUCCAUUUCCUCUUCUCAAGGCAACCGGUAUCCCAUCAUUAACAGUGGUGACAUCAUUGCAUUGCGAUCGGCGUACAAUUCAGGAAGUUACGUGAAGUAUUGGCUGUAUUGUCACACAUCUUACUGCCUUUUUACUUCCGGACCAAGCAAAGUGAUGACCACAUCAAAAUGGUCCUCCUUGAAUGGUUACGCUAAGUUUAUGAUCACUGCAAGAGGAAAGAUGGAUGGACAGCCGAUCAACAGUGGAGAUACAGUGAUACUGAGCUCGCCAAAGUUAGGCUCUAAAUAUUGGCUCAGAUGUUGGACAAGCACAAGCUAUCAAUGUCGUUUGAGUUCGUAAGUAUCACGAUAUCGAUCCUACUGAUAGAUUUUGAAAUUUAUGAUAAAAUUGGAUCAUAGGUGAGAAACAGAGAACAAAUAAAAGGAAUAUGAUAACAAGGUUAAACUCUGAACAAUUAUAGGAAAUCAAAAAGAAAAUAAAUUAAAUGAAUACAUAAAAAGGUAAAGGUAAAUCAACCAUAUUUUACGUCGAUAACUCGUGACAGUAAUAACUGACAAACUUGGAGGUCGACGGUGCGCUCAUUUUACCCCUCCCCCCCCCUUUCCAUCAAUGCUCCAUUUUGAGCGUAUUUAAAGCUAGUUAAAGCUACACAGAAAGGAGAGAAGUUGAAACAAGGAUGUGAUGUCAUCGGGGAUCAAACUCGGGACCUCGCGCACCUAUGGCCGCCCACUAACCAACUGUGACACCCUUGCUCCUGUAACGCUUCUUCGAAACACAUUGUGAACUUGUCACUUUUUCAUCGUUCAUUCGAGGAGUAAAGGGCCCCGCUAUUUGAAAAUGUUAUGUGGUCAUCUAUUCAUUUGUUAAAUUUCUUUAAUUGAACAGAUUUAGAAGUAAGAUCCUGUCAAGUGACUGGUUAACCUAUAGUUACGCCACCUUCCAGAUCUACUCCAGGUACGCUCCCGAGGGAACCCCUAUACAAUACCGCGAUAUUGUGGCGUUCAAAUAUCCCUUCGCAGGCUACAGUACCUGGCUGUACUACUCUUCUGGCCGCUUUUACACCAAGAGCUGCAGCUACUACAACAAAGCAUCAUGCGCAACUGAAAACACUACUACUGGAUUAAGGAUCUUCAAGAAGCUGUGAAACGAUCAUGUUGCGACUAAACUGUAAAACAAACUUGCAACAAUUCAGUGACUGAAAGCGUCUGAUAAAAUUUCAGUAACAAUGAUUAAUUAAGCUUGAAAAUAGUUUUUGGUAUGUUUGGUAAAGAAGAAAACAAAACAAAACGAACAAUAAACGCGAUGUGGAAAAAUGUCUGUUGUGCCAAGCCUGAAAGUUGUUUUUACUGAAAUAAUCCUUUGAUGAGCUUUCAGCCACGGUUUUAUUGCAUGUUAAACUGUGCCUUAAACAUUACUCGUCAAUAAAGGCGUUCUAAACUG